CCUGCCCAGAUCUGUCCAGGGAUCACCCAAAGCAGAAAGCACAGCCUGUUGUCGAAGGAGAUGUCUUCAAACUCCAGCUUGAGUGCUAUGCAGAGACUGGUGGAGCAGCUGAAGCUGGAAGCUAGUGUGGAGAGGAUCAAGGUGUCACAGGCGGCAGCAGAGCUCCAGCAGUACUGCAUGCAGAAUGCUUGCAAAGACGCAUUGCUGGUUGGAAUGCCUGCAGGCAGUAACCCGUUCCGGGAGCCAAGAUCCUGUGUGCUGCUCUAAGGCUUGCCAGUCUGCUGCUGGCUAAUACAAGACACACUUGAAGACUUUUGACGAAAAGCAGUCUGCGUUUCCAGUACCAUUCAACCAUGUGGCCAACUGUCUUUAUGUAUUUAAUAGUCAUAUUCUUUAAGGCUUAAUGAGAUAUAUUAUUAAUAUUUGUUGAUUCUUUGCUUUGAGACGUGGAUAUACAAAUUUCAGAAUUUAAAUCCCGUUGAGCUCACCAAUAAAAUAAAAUAACUUUUUUUUUUUUUUAAAGAUACAAAACUUUUUUGUAAGAUACUAAUAUUUCCAAUUUGUAAUGUAAACGAGAUAAAUUAAAAUACGUUUUAGACACUUCAAACAUUAAAAGUUGUACACAAUGUAUUUCCUUCUCACAAACCUGUAUUGUAUACUCUUUUGAUGAUGUCAAAUAGACCAUUAUUUGGGGUUUUGUGUGUUUUUUUUUUUACGUUAUAUUAAAAAGCACUGUAUUCUAUACA